GCGAAACGACGUGGGAAGCAGUACUGUCCAAACGAUUAAAGCAUUUUCACGAUGUACGCGACACCUCGUCUCGCUUUUCACUUUAUGCGCGCGCGCUCGUUCGAAAAUAUUGAAGAAACGCGCGUUCAAUCUAUUUGAUCACGUGAUUGGUCGAUCCGCGGCAAGAUCCCCACCCCAACUCUUAUCAUCGUUCUCUCUUUCUCUAACACGAGAAUUGUCUAUAGUCAAAUCUUAUUCCACUUAUUACGAUUUGCUAAGUUUUGUGAAUGAAAAAAUAAACGACAUGGCCAUACCGUACAAUUUGAAAAAGCCCGAAGAGGUUAAGGAAUAUCUGAAAAAUCUUCAUAUCGAAUAUAAAUUCGGUUGUUACAGUGAAAAAAAUCCUGAAGUUUGUCAUCUUUUGGGUGACUUCAACGAAGCCAUCAAGAAGGAUUAUAAAACUGCUGCGAUCGUUUAUAAAUCAAAUUGCGACGAACGUAAUUAUCCGAGAAGUUGUGCCAAAUACGGAGAUUAUCUUAUCGUCGGUAAAGGUUGUAAAAAAGAUAUUAAUGAAGCAUAUAAAUAUCAUCAAAAUGCUUGCAAUUUUAAUGACGAUAAUGGUUGUCUUCAUGGUGGUAUUCUUGCCAUAACUGAUCAACUUGAGGAUGAUCAUUCUAUGCAGAUUAAUAAAGGAAUAAACAUGUUAAAUAAGGCAUGUUACGAACUCCAUUCGGAGAAAGCCUGUUUCUUUCUCUCAGGUAUUUACAUGAGUGGAAUAGAGAAUCACGUAGAGAAGAAUUUCAAGGAGGCUUACAAAUUAUCACUUAAAUCCUGCGAAUAUGGGAAUCCGUAUGCCUGUGCAAAUGUAUCUCAGAUGCAUUUAAGAGGUGACGGUGUCAAAAAGGAUUCUGAAUUGGCCAAAAUCUUCCGGCAACGAGCUGAUCAGCUUUUAAAAGAAUUAAAAAACGCUCCAACGUUAAAGUUCCAACAAGGCAUUGAAAACUAGUGACGCCAUAUGUUAUAUAAUAUUAUUGCAAAGUCAUAAUAAAGAAGGUUAUGUUUAUAAAAAA